CCCAGGAGAGGUGGUGGUGUGGAGUUCAGACCUUCAGACCUUCAGACCUUCAGAACCUCAGCCGAAAGUCCCUAAUUCAAGGUGACCUACAAAGGAAUACUGACUAGGGGCAGAGACGUACUCCUAGAACCUAUUAUAGACCCAGCUGGACUUAUCUCCCACACAUAAAACUUCCCCUCGAAGUCUCCAGACAAGGUACGGCCUGAUUGUUCAAGAGCAGACACUGUACUGAAGGCUCCUGAUUGCCCCUAGAAGACAAUAAAGGGCCAUUUCAGCUCAGUUGACUGCUAAGGAGUGACCUUGAGAAACCAUGUUUGCAAGACUACGAGAUGAAGCAAGCUGUUCAGUUUGUCUGGAGCUUUUCAACCGUCCCAUUUCCCUCUCCUGUAUGCACAUAUUCUGCUAUGAUUGCAUGCAACACUGGUUGCAGGAAAUGGAAGAGCCGAAAUUAAUCUGCCCCAUAUGUCGAGGAGUAAACAAGAAACCACCUAUGGAAGAAUGGCAAGUUAGUAUACUCUCACUUCUCAUCAAACAGCACCAUUUCCUCCUGAACCAAAAUCUGUGUGUGACAGAGAAGUUCUUGAAGUUCCAGGAGGAUAUGACUCUGGACGCAGCCACUGCAAACUCCCGUCUUGUCCUAUCUGAGGAUCUAAGGAAAGUCCACUGUGGGAAGAUAUGCCACAACUUGAUGGAAGAUCCCCAGAGAUUUGCUGCUAUGCCCUGUGUCCUGGGCACCCCAUGCUUUUCCUCUGGUCGCCAUUACUGGGAGGUAGAAGUGGAAGAGGGGAAGGAGUGGGCUCUGGGAGUCUGCAAGGAAUCAGUCGACAGAAAGAAGGAGAGUUUUUCCCCGGAGCAUGGUUUCUGGACCAUUAGCAUGAAGCAGGGAGCAAUCUACUCCGGCUCCAUCCCAGACACCAGAAUUCCUACAAGUCCUGGCCUUAGCCGCAUAGGAAUUUUUCUAGAUGUUGAGGUGGAAGAGAUCAAGUUUUUUGAUGUUAGAAAUGAUGCCCUCAUUUAUAUACACAGUGAAUUCUCUUCGGAGCCUCUGCAUCCAUUCUUUUGUCUUGGGUUGCCUGGAGAAGAAGACAGUGGUGGCUCGCUGAGCAUUUGCUCAUGAGAAAUUCACGAUGUUCUUUAUGUUCUUUAUGUUUUUGGGAGGGAGACUAGUCCCUCUCCCACCCUCACACUCUUAAGAGUGUAUUUGAUUUCAGUGGCUAUACUUGGCUGUAAAGGCCCAGAUGAUGUUAGGUGGGCUGGACCAAUGGUUUUCAGUCCUGACUUCUAAUUACAAGCAUAAGAGAAACUUAAAAAAAUUCCCAUAUCCAUAACCAUACCCUGAACCAAUCAAAUUAGAAUCUCUGGGGAUGGGACACAGACAAUGACACUUUUCUAAGUUUACUAGGUAAUUUCAAUGUGCAGCCAGGAUUAAGGAACACUGGACUAGAACACUGAUUUCAAAACUUUGUCGUGCAUCAGAAUUUUUGGAUGACUUCAGUAGG